AUGGCGUCGUCGUUCGCGCACCGAGCGUGCGGCGUGGCGACCGCGUCCGCGGCGCCGCUCGGCGUCGCGCUCGUCGCGCUCGAGAGCCUCGCCGCCUCCCGGGAGAUUUACGCCGAGGUGGUCUCGACGUUCCCGUUCGCCGGGUUCGCCGCGAGCGCCGUCGCGCGCGCGCCGUCGCGCGCCCACUCGCCGCCGCCGUUAGCGUCGUCCGCGUCGUCCGCGUCGUCGACGCUCGAGUCGAUCGUCGCGAGCGUCCUCCGCGCGACGCUCCCGUCGACGGCGUGCGACGCGGUCGACGCCGACGCCGACGCCGACGCCGACGCCGACGCCGCGACGACGACGCGCGCGCUCGAGCCGCCGAAGAUCGUCGGGCGACUCGUGCUCGACGCGGUCACCGGGAAGACGUACGACGUGGAGAUCAAGACGUUCGCGUCCGUGUUCUCCCCGCUCGCGCUGCUCGCGCGCGUCGGGCUGAACGCCUUCAGGCGCGUUCUAUACACUGGUUCCCAUACGACCGCGUCGGCGUGGUGA